AUGGAUGUGCUGUUCAACAGACCUAAGAUCGACGACUUCCAAACACUUGGUAUAGCGCCGUACACUCAACCUUGGCAGGAAGGAAAAAUAAUCUCCUCAUUUGAGCGCGUACCGAAUGUAUUCGGAAGGCUGGCAUAUACAGGGAGAAUCUUGAAUAUAGAUAUUGAGACAAAAAAGAUUGUUUAUACGCGACCACAGAGCUGCCCAUUUCAAGCAAAGAAUGACCGAGAGAUCUAUGCAGCGUUGAAGGCACCACGAUUAAUGAAGCAAAUCUAUCGAAAUGGUCGUUUGUGGAUUAUUGCUGAGUCCAUGGCUCAUCUCGGAGUAGCCGUGAGCAUCUGGACCAUUGUUAAUCAAAAGUGGCAGUACGUCAUGGAAAUUAGAGCGAACUAUCGUGACGUCACCAUGGAUGUUACGGAAAACGACAUGGCAGUUAUUCUCAUAAAAGAACCAUUGUUAGAUGACUUAUACCCACAAGUUCAAGUCAAAAGUCUACUUAUGCUACGAUUAGGGUAAGU